AUGGUUGCAGAUCCGACCUCCAAGGAGUUGAUGCAAGCACCACCUGAAUAUGUUGAGAGCAAGGAAUGUGCUGUGUUACGAGAGACACUUCGUAGUCUUGAAACGAGUAUCCAGCGAAACACUGACUUGCUCAACGAGUUUUGGGCAAAGCCACCAUUAGCAGAUGUAGACAGCUUCUAUUGUGAGCCUGACAAGGCAAAAUCAGAAAAAUGGUACAGAAACAUUUUGAAACAGCUGCGCGGGGGACGUAAUGUGGAAGCUGUAUUUAGACAGCUCAUGAUUGUUUGUCAAAGUUACGGAUUUUCUCUUCCCUCUCCUCCUACCAAGGAAACUACUUUGAGACCCACUGUUUCUCUUCAGCCUGGUUCUUUAGAGGUCCAUGAACUGAUCAGUCAAAUUUACACUAGACUGGCAAAGCACUUCUGCGAAGUGUUGCAAACAAGCACAAACCAAUACGAAACUAUCAGUACACUGACUGCCAUGUCCUAUGUACUGAGCCCUACUCUACUUCUAGCUCAGUUUCACUCGGUAAGACUUACCCAGCUGAACAGCCAACUUCCUCUCAUCACCACUAGUUCUGAUCUGUUGGUCUUCUACACUAGGAUACAGACGUUAAUCAGUCUAACUAAAGAGAUGGCAGUCGCUGAUAUGGGCAUAUUCCUCGCUGGCAUGUUCAAUCAGAUAGCUGAGCCAAACAAGAUUAUAAGGAUAGUGUAUUUGGAUCGGAUAACUAAGGAAUUGAUAGCGUCACUACAGCAACUAAAGGGAACUAAUCAGUUGGGCACGUAUUUCUGUGACAUUGUGACACAGUGUUACAGUUUGGAGCAAAACGUAGAGUUCUUCCUGCACAAGUACGCUGGCCUUUCUCUCUUGGAAGUUGUUAAUACAGAUGAGACUGAGACAAGCCCUGAACUAUUGUGGAACUGGAGAGUGACUGUUUUCUCCCCGUACCUGGAGCUCUUUACCGAGAGAAUAGCUCUGGAGAAACAAGAGCUGAUCACAUAUCUCGGUGAAAUUCCCCCAGAUUUCUGGCAGAUAACAACAUGUAAAGGAGAGUGUGUACUAAAGUGUACCCAGUACACGUGUGCAAUGUCUCUAGGUGUGCACAGUGUCCUGUGUCGUCUUGUCAAGUAUAACAACAUGGUCAAGCAGCUCGGGGAUGUGGCAGAGCUGAUUGUUCCUCAGGUGACAGAGGAAACGGACAGUGGUUCUAACUCGGAAUCUUUAUUUGACGCAGUCAACAGUUUAAUUAAUGAGGUCCUAGCUGCUAUUCUCCUCUUAGCUGAACAGUUGUUGGAGAAAGUUCCAGAAUCUCGGCCGAUUAUUGACUUGUACGUGUGCUACAGUGCUCUGUGGGUCUCUGACUCAAUACCUGCCCUUCCUCUGUCAGCUCCUACUAGAACUGUUCUCCAGCAAACCAUGACACAGAUAUUAGACCAGGCGUGUUUUGUGAACAACAACAAUAUAAUGGAGUGGGUUUUGUACGAGGAAAGUGCUAUGUGUUGGACCCGAAAUCACACCAACGAGAUAAAAGAGUGUAACGCAAGUCUAAUCUCACUGAACCUCUACCUACGGACCUUAUACCACGACCUCCAAGUGACCCUCCCUCCUGACACGGCACACCAGGUGCUAAUAGAGGUCCUGGAGAAGUCUCUUAGUUAUGUGACUAGUAGAUACUUAGCUGCCAGACCCAGCAAGACCAAUAAUAAACUUUACCUGUAUGAUAUAACAGCGAUUGUUAUGAUUUACUCAACGUUUGUCUGGUUGCUCACGGGUAAAGAUGUUACACAGAUGACAGAACCAAGGGAAGGACCACUGAUAGUCAUCUACUCGGACCUGAACCGCCUCCUCGCGGCUAUGUCAGUCAUCACCUCCCCACUUCAAGCAGUAGUGGACACUAUGAAACUGUUUCAAGACAAGGUCUACUUAAACUCGCACCAUCUCGCACGGCCAGAAAGUGACGGUACAGGAAGCGGAGCGUGCGACUCUGCCCCCGUCCUCCCCCACAGCCACACCGCUGCCCCCUCCUCCACUCCUGUAUCCUGGCUGCCCUCUAUCUGGAUAUCUAGCCUCUUUACUAUUGAUAACCUGGACACUACUCUUAUUUACUUGCUCAGAUGUUUUAACCAGAAGAAUCCAGCUCACAAAGAUCUGCUAAUGACCGCUAUUUCUAACGGAGCUAGGAUACCCCAACAAAUACAACUGUAUCACAACAGGGAGACUAGUCGCUUUGAUUACAACACAGUAGUCCUGACCCUCUCCCGCCUGUUAGCAAGCUGCAAGUACGACACCACCUCCUGGGCCACAUUUAUCCUCUCCACCUUCAUACCUAACGAGAUCUGGAACUGUGUUAGUAAACCCAACUUCAAGUUCAGUAGGCCAGGCGAGAGUGAGGACCUUUGGCAGGAUUGUAUAGGAGAGGUGCUGUUCCCUGCCCUGGAACCUAUCCUGUAUGAGGUGUUGAACCUUGUGGUACACCGCACCAAGAUAAUGCCCUCAACUGAGGAGGAAGUGGCAAUUGAGGAGCUACCCUGCUCCUGUAGGAUAAACCGCUUCUCUACUCCAAGUUUGAAGGUGGUACUCCACGAGUCACUAUCAGCAAUAUUCACACACCUUAGUCUGGUAGCUCCCUCUAUCAGAACCACAGUUGUCAAGCUGACCAGGAUGCUGUGUUUUAGAGCAAAACUCAAGGAAGAUUCUGAAAUACCUGUUCUCAAACUUUUCCUGGCGUUUUUCCUGAAGAGACUGUUUAUGAAUCCGAAUGAAAUCUGCCGGAAGUUUCACGCUGUAACAAGAGACUCUGUAUCUAAAAACCGAAAAUAUUCAUCAAAACUACCAUUUGUUGAUAUUCCUGAAGAAAGUUUAUCCAUCUUGAGAAAAGUAGGGGAUAUAAGUCGACUUAUCGUGAUGAAAGAUGUUCUGAAUGUUAUAACGCUACCUACUGGAGCUGAGAAAUAUUUUGAGGAAGAGAACCAACUAGUUGAUCACUCUUUAACCUCUCUCCACGACCAACUUACUCUUACUCUUAAUCUAUCCAGUUCGUUGAAUUCUGUGCAGCUGGAUUACGAUCUGGAGUACAUCAGUGGCACAUACCCCGAAAUAUUCAAUAAUUUUCAUCUAAUGAUGGACGAAAUUACUGACAUAAUUUCCAACGACUUUUCUUCAAUACUAAAGACUGUCAAACUACUUCCAAUUAACCAGCUUAAUCCCUUGGACGAAUACAAAUCUUUCGGUUGCUUCUCGUUAGACGAUGUGAGCUACAAGGAGUGGAACCACGAGAGGUUAUCAGAGUAUUACACUACUGAUUUGUUUGUCCACUUCCUACCCCAUAGGUGGGAGCUAGCAGAUGAGGGAACGAUUCCAGAGGAAAUUUCUGAGUUGGUGGAUAUCGUUCGAGCUUUUCUGUCUAAACAUACGCAUACGUAGUAGCUCUGGUAGACUAGGCUGAAACAAACGUGUCAGCUCUGGUAGACUAGGCUGAAUUAUGAUUGAUUAAUAUUAUUAUUUUUUGUUUGAUAUUAGUAUUUGAAUUGCUGUAAAUGUUUGUUAAUCUUAUAAAUAACUAUUAUUUUCUUCGCAACCAUUAAUUCUUCUGGGUUGUUAACUAAAAUACUUAAUUUUUAAUUUUACAGGUUUGGAUUUUAAAUAAGCAUCAGUCAUACAUUUAUUUUUGCUAAUGAAGUUGCAAAACUAUUUACAUUAACGAUUUCAUUGGUUGAUGGUUCAGGUUUUAUUCAAUUAAUUUUUUUAACGAUCAGUCGCCAUUUAGAGGAUCAGAAAUUUGUUAUGUUUUGAAUAAUUCAUGAUUUUUACAUUGUGCUUUUAAAUGUUAAAUGCUCGAUCGUAUUAUCAUAAAUUCAAUGUUUAUGCAUAAAUUACUUUUACAGUAGCUGCCAUUUAAUUCUUAAAUACAUAUUAUUUUUGCUAAUAUCUACUUUUACUGCGCUCUUUCAAUUUGACAAUAUGCAUUUUUAAGUGAAAAAAAAAAUGCAUUUUUAAGAGAUGUGCCCCAAUCAAAAAAUUAUCUUCAGUGAUUUGUUUCUAUCUAAAAAAGUAGAUCAUGGCUAAGUUUUAAAGUGCACUUUAUUUUUAUAACGCACUUAUCAUGUUC